AUGUCGAUUUCCUCCACCACGGCAAAGAUGUCUUCGAAACUUCUCUCUCAACUCGAGUCUUCUAUCGACUUGAGUAAGACAUCGCUACUGCUUUCGCUGGCAUCAAUUGUGUUCAACCCCACGGCCUGGAACAUCGUCGCGCGGAAUGAGUACUCGAAUAAGACGAUUACACGUCUGUUCGGAGGGAACGCGAAAUACGGGUGCUAUUUUCUUGCUGUGCUGAUUUUCUUGUUCGGCGUGCUGCGAGAUCACUUGUAUCAACAGGCGCUGCUGGAACAGCCAAAGAUAUCCAUCUUGCCGGAACAAUACGCGACCAUCGUCCCCGUCGCUCUCUUCGUCUUAGGCCAAAUUUUCGUCAUGACUUCGACGUAUGCGUUAGGAAUUACGGGCACUUUUCUCGGAGAUUACUUCGGAAUCCUCAUGGACCAUCGUGUUGAAGGUUUCCCCUUCAACGUCCUCCGUGACCCUAUGUAUGUCGGCAGCACGAUGUGCUUCGCCGCUACUGCGCUAUGGUAUGAGAGACCCGCGGGCCUCAUUAUCACGGCCUACGUCUACGUGGUCUACAUUAUCGCCCUGCGCUUCGAAGGUCCAUUCACAGACAUGAUCUACAGCAGACGCGCCGAAAAGGCCAAAGCCAAUUAG